AGCCCUCUAGUGACGCAACGGGGGAACCUGCGGCGUGGCGCACCGGCCUCGCAGCGCGGGUUGUCACUUGAUAACAGGAUUCAUAUUUGCCCUUCAGCCAAGCUUUACUACAACAUGCCUCAGAUUCCAUAUUUAUACAACAUCUGCAAGCGUAUUCUUUUUCACAGUUUUAGUAAAUGUAGUUCAAAUUGUUUAAAUAGAUGCAUCCAAAACAUACACUCUUCAUUAGCCAGUAAAUGUGAAGCUCAAGAAAAAUCACUACCUUUGUAUGAUAAUGAAAACUUGCUACAUAGAGCAGACAGUGAGAACGAUCAACAAUUGCAUAUACCAGUUAUGGUAAAGGAGGUUGUGAAUUUUUUAGCACCACAGAAAGGACAGUGUAUUCUUGAUAUGACGUUUGGAGCUGGAGGCCACAGCAAGGCACUUCUGCAAAAAGAAAUGGAUAUUAAAUUAUAUGCACUUGACAGAGAUCCCACUGCUUAUGAACUAGCUCAGCGGCUUUCUGACUCUUACCCGCAACAAAUACAGCCUCUUCUAGGACAAUUUAGUCAAUUAGAAGCCUUGUUAACGUCUGCUGGUGUCCAGCCAGGGAAUCUUGAUGGUGUUCUUUUGGAUGCUGGUUGCUCAUCCAUGCAACUUGAUACCCCAGAAAGAGGGUUUUCCCUACGAAAAGAUGGCCCUCUGGAUAUGAGAAUGGAUGGUGGCAGGUAUCCUGACAUGCCCACUGCUGCUGAUGUUGUGAACGCUUUAGAUCAACAGGCACUUGCGUCCAUCCUGAGAACGUAUGGGGAGGAGAGGCAUGCCAAGAAAAUAGCUUUAGCAAUUGUUCAGGCACGCAGCGUCUACCCCAUCACCCGAACUCAGCAGCUUGCCAGCAUUGUUGCAGGUGCUUUCCCUGAUGUGGCUUUGUAUGCUCGAAAAGACUUGCUUCAAAGACCUACUCAUGUGGCUACCAAAACUUUCCAAGCCUUGCGUAUCUUUGUCAACAAUGAAUUACAUGAACUGUAUGCAGGACUGCAGACAGCUGAGAAGUUUCUAAAACCUGGUGGACGAUUUGUAGCUCUUUCUUUCCAUUCCUUAGAGGACCGCAUCAUCAAAAGGUUUCUUCUCGGAAUAGAUAUUUCAGAAAAAUUCAACCUCAGUGUAAGACAGAAGAUCAAGCAAAUAGGAAAGGAUUCUGCAGAACUGGAGGAGGAGGAGGAAUUUUCUAGUGGAAAUGUUAACUCAAAAUGGAUAGGUAUACAGAAAAAAGUGCUUACUCCUCAGGCUAAGGACCUUCAAGAUAAUCCAAGAGGACGUUCUGCAAAGCUAAGAGGAGCUAUCAAGUUGUAAAUCAUUUUUGUCUAUGUAGAAGUAUCCUUAGAGUUAUUCAGCUAUUAAAGAUAAGUAAGAGAUAGAUACGUUUAUGUUUUAAAAGGUAGUUGUCUACCAUUCUAUAUAAAAGUACACUUUAUUUUCAGUGUAAUAUGAGUACUGAAGAAGAUAAGACCACGUGGUAAAAUAGGACUUAGAACUUAAAUAUCCUGGUGAAUAUAUUUUGAUUUGUUGCGGAAAAUUUCCUUCAAAUAUGUUUUUUCUUUGUGGUGUCUGGGAAUACACACAUGUGGAGUUAAUGCGCCUGCACAGGAAUCAAUGGAAAUUUCUCAGGCUAUAUUUUUGAAUUUUGGCGGUAUGCCUGCCCAUUCCUCCCAAGGGUAUAAAGGGCCCCCUGGUGGUACGCUCCCCAGUUCGCUUUUUUUCUGCCACAGCAGUGACUUCAGAGCUUCUUACAAGUCAGCUCUGGCGUCCUUUUCAAUUGGGACCCAUGCCUUUUUAGUCUUCUAACAACAUUCCACCUCAAUGCGGUGGUUUUUCCAGCAGUCAUUCGUCCUUUUCACAGCAUUGGAGCCAUUCAUCUUUGCCCGGCUAGAGACUUGCCAAACAACCGCGCCAUAUUCCAGCCUCCCCUCCGCUUUGGGAGGGGCUGUUGCUGAAGACUGCUGCCGCCCGAUACUCAAUCGGCACCCGGCUGAAUCCAAGAGGUUUUCAAACCUUCUGAUUGGAGUUAAAGGAGCUCUAACGGCCCAAACCUCAGACUUCUCCCCUUACUGUCCGCGUUGGAUAACAAACGGAUGGGAGCCGGCUCCACCUCCCAAGCGGGAAGAUCCUCCCGUCAGCCAGAUCACAAAAGGCCUCUUUCAGAGGCCCCCGUUCAAUUUUUCUGUAAUUUUCCAAAAAGGGGUGCCUGAAAACCAGGUAGACUGUGUCCCGUUCACUUACAUCAGUUCUGACCAGAACCAAGAAUGUUUUUGAGUGGGACAGGAGAUGUUUGCCUUGUCAAAUGCAUUCUUUUGCUUUCAUUAGUUUUCCAUAACAUGGCAGGAAUAAGUGGAUUUGCAGUUGUGAUCUGGAAAGUUGGAUGCCAUUUGCUCUGACACUGUAUUUUGUAUGUGCUCCAUCAUGUUUUGUCAAUCAAGCAAGAGUGCCUUCUUGACUCUACCAUUGUGACCCAGUGUUUGUUGGUAAAAAGCCAUUCUGAGUAAUUUUGCAUCUAUUGAACUUCCCUAGGAAGCAGCUGAAGGCCCCAAGGAGCAUUAUGAUAUUAGUGUAGGUGGAUCAGCUUAUUAUUUGUUAGUAAAGGUACUUAUAAAUGGUUUUUCCUCCCACCAGUGUUCCCAAAGUGAUGUUGACUAAAAUGACAGUACUAAAACAAAACAGGCGAAGCCCAUUCUUUGAAAGCAAUUGUAAACAAUUUAAAAAACCAAGGGUCUGACAUAAUAAUAGUUAUGAAUGUCUGUUUGAAAACUCUUUAAAGAAUAGAGCCAAUAAGUUAAGUCAUUCAUGUGUGUGUGUGUGUGUGUGUGUGUGUGUGUGUGUGUGUGUGUGUGUGUAUGCAUGUGUGUAUCUAUGUCUCUUUUUUGGCAAAAGCAAUAUAUUGCCUAACAGAUUAUUGUAGCCAAUAGUAUAAUUUUGUGGUGUAGAGCUUAUACCUCUUUUCAAACUCCAUUAUUAUGCCUGGAUGAUAUCCAAUACCUUUUUCCUGCACAUGCAAAUACUUCAUCAAAGUGUUACAUGAACUGGUCCACAACACCUUUCAUUACUCAUUACAACUUCAUUAUGGUAGGUAUUCUUUGAACUAGUUGCUCCACUAGUGCAAACUUAUUUGGCCUACUGCUCCCUUUAAAAAAAAAAAACACCUCAGUCCCCUCGCCCGGGAAUCUACCUUUUUAAUGUGAAAAAAAGAAAGAUGUGACAAAUUUGUAUUCAUUUAUGUAUCUGUAGCUCUAUCUAGAAAGAAACAUGUUUUUGUAAAUAAAAAAACUUGAAGCUUGAAAUUACAAAGUGUGAUGCAAAUGUUACUAUGGUUGAUUUUAAUAAAUACAGAAAAUUAAGAUAACAAAAAUUAAUAAAAAAUACUAAUAACAUUAAAAAUAAUGCUACAUGAGAAAAAUGAACCUGGCCCACUGCUUUCAAUGUAAUAAAGUUCAGGUCUGUUUUUGUCAAUAGCAUGAAUUAAAUUUGUAAAUUCUUAAUCCAGUUGCACUAUUAACUGCUUGUCAUAAAAUUCAGAAACAAUUUGAAUUAGAUUUCAUACAUGUUGCCUGUUCAUAGUAUCAUAAACAAGUCAUGAUAUGCUGAUGCAUGCUGAACUUCCCAACAAUACCCAAAAUGUUUGCUUGCUAAGUCACUGAUUGAUUAUAACUUGUAUUUUGUGUGUUUAUUUGGAAAAUAAAGUGAUCACUUCAACUUUAACUCUAUGUUGCACAACAGAUGAAACAUGUACAAAUCAUUUUUCACAUUUUUCUUCCUUACGUUUCCACCAUCCUUUUAUUUUUAUUCAGUGCCUUUAGUUGCACCCCAGGCUAUUACUGCCCUCCUGGAUUGCUCCAGUGCCCCCAGAGAGCAAUACUGCCCACCUAGGGAAGCUAGUGUUUGCACGGGGCAGCACCUGGAAAAUAAAAUUUACAAGCAAAAUUGCUUUUGAGAUACCAGAGUUGCAAUGAAGGCAUAUUGGAAAAGAAGUAGGAACCCAUUUGCUUUAUCAGUAUAAUUAGAAAUGUGUUCUAGUUACUUUCAAAAGUAUAAUUUAAUAGCUUAAGGCACUCUCAGAUGCAUUUUGACAUGAGGUUUUCAACAGUAAUGUCAUCCAUUUAACAAUCAUUUCCUUAUUGAAAAGUUAUAGGAAUCAAUAGUAGAACAACAAGCAACACAUGAAUGUGAGCAGUAUCCCCCCUGCAAUUUUGCAACAAGUCAUGGCAAAGGGUUAUUUUUCAAACGCGGUUACCAAAUGAACAGAAGAUAUUGCUUAUGUUUAUAAUUACAUUAUUCAAGAAUGUUUUAAUUGGUUUCCAACUGUUUGUUUUUAAAUGGAAUAAAGUAUAUUUUGUGUUAUUUAUGAAGUUGAUUUUAUUGUAAACAGUUAAAGAUAAAGAGCUGGAUAUAGAUUUUUAAAUAAAUGAAAAGACAGCA